AUGGCUGCCAAAGACUCUUUAGCAGGUGAAAAGACUGCCGCUUCGCCUGUGGCCACCGCCCCUGGCGUUGUACAAAAACCUCUCAUUCAUCCGGCCGACGAUGCCAAACCUCAGCCACCUCCAGCCUUGACUCCAGAUCAGCAGGCCAAGUACGAGACCGUUUUAAAAACGGUCUCUUCAUGGACCACUGUGCCCAUCAAGGCUGAGAAGAAUGCUCCCACAGAGCCCAUCACCGAUGACGAGCGAAUGUGGUUGACGCGUGAAUGCAUUCUUCGAUAUCUUCGUGCUACCAAAUGGAAUUCUUUCGAGGCGGAAACUCGACUACAAAAGACCUUGACUUGGCGCCGCGAGUAUGGCCUGGACAAGCUGACACCUGAUUAUAUCUCGAUUGAAAACGAGACUGGCAAGCAAGUGAUUAUGGGAUACGACGUCCAUGCACGUCCAUGCUUGUAUCUUUUGCCUUCCAACCAGAACACCGAGAGGAGUGAUCGUCAGAUUCAGCAUUUGGUCUUUAUGUUGGAACGUGUGAUUGAUCUCAUGGGUCCCGAUCAAGAGACAUUGGCCCUCCUCGUCAAUUUCAAGGAGACCAAGUCUGGCGAAAACGCCUCUGUGGGCCAGGCCAAGCAGACCCUGGACAUUUUGCAAAAUCACUACCCCGAGCGACUGGGUCGUGCUCUGGUGAUCAAUGUGCCCUUCCUCAUCUGGGGUUUCUUCAAGUUGAUCACACCGUUCAUUGAUCCCAACACCCGGGAAAAACUGAAGUUCAAUGAAGACUUGCGCACGCAUGUUCCCCCUAGCCAGCUCAUGAAACCGGUAGGCGGCGAGCUUGAAUUCCAAUAUGAUCACUCGAUCUAUUGGCCUGCUCUCAAUGAGCUCGCUCAACAGCGACGUGAUGCUUAUCGCGAGCGAUGGAUCCAGGGUGGCAAGCAGAUUGGAGAGUAUGAGAAUUACCUCAAGGGCGUUGAUAUCCCCAGUGUAUCGCAGGUCGCGACUCCUUCCGUGACUGGUAACAUGUUCUAG